GGAAAUUGAACAGACUCCACAAUGCUUUGGAUGAUAUGGCGUUUAGUCUGACGAAAGAAGCAUGCUGGAUGUUGCGCUUGAAAGUGCAGCUGGUACAGUGAAAAGCACGGCAAAGUCUUUGCGCUUCGAAAGAAAAAGAGAUGAUCAUGAUGAAACGAGUUGCUUGCUGCAUGAGGCUCUGAAGGAAGUCCAAUUGGCCAAGGCCCGUGCUCAUCACGCAGAGGAAGAGAUGUCAAGAUGCCAGGAGGCAGCAAGUAAGGUGAAAGGCAAUCUUUGCCGAAUGGCUAUUGUCAGACCGUUUAGCGAGCCAGAAAAGGAGAACUGCAACUGGAUGCAAGUUCUCGGACCACAUGAGCUGCAGGUGGCUGCCGACUCACUCUGUGUCACGAAGGUAGCCCCUACCAGCCGCAGACGAAUGAGCACAGGCUGCAUGCCUGAUUCUGUCCAGCAAAGGUGCAACUUAUCGUCUCCUCGUGUUAUGGAUUUCGAGCAUAUUCUCGGUCACGAGGACAAUCGAAUAUUUCAAGCUUUAAAACCAGAUAUUGAUGCGUCCGUGAUGGGAGAGGCUUUUUGCAUCUUCGUUUGCGGGGCUCCUUCAAGCGACAAAGCAUCUCUUGCUGAUCGGCUAGCAGCCAAGGUCUGCACCCAGCUGGAAACUGACGCCGCGGCAACUGAAGCCAAGGUUUACAUCGAGAUGUUUGAGGUUUAUGCGGAUCAACAUAGAGACUUGCUCGCCGUGAACUCACAUUCAAGAGGGAGGCGCCACUCUGGGUUGGAACACUCAGUGCUUCGUGUUCAGCUCUUUCCCAACAACGAGGCACCUAUGACUACUUCCUUGAGGGAGCUGAUUCGUGAGUCACGCUCACUGCAAUUGCAGAGGCUCUUCCCUGUGUCACAUGUGGUAAUGUCCUUCCACAUCCUCAGGUCUUCGAAGAAUGUCGGGCAUGUGGUGAUUCUUGACGUUGAUUCUUUUGAUAAGAGCUGGACCUGUCGCAGCUCUCAAACAAAUCUUUGGCAAUUGCUUGGAGGCUUCCAGGAUUGUAAAACUACAAUGCUUCUGAUGCUCGACCCUGCACAAUGUGCCCAAGCUGACACUCUGAAGACAUUGCAGUUUGGCAGGCGGCUUCAAUCCUCCCUGCUCCGUUUUGGGCCCCGCCAUAUUGAUGCAGAGGAUUUGCGUGAUGAUCCAUGUCAGGGAGCAAGAGAAACCAACAAUCGGUUGCGAGAAGAAUUGGGUCGCUUGCAGAAAGAAACAUCAGAGGUUCUGAAGGAUGUGCGCAAAAUGAAGCUUGAGAUUGAGAAGAAGGACUCCGAAAUUCAUGAGUUGCGAAGACGUUCUGCACGCCUCAAGAUGCUUCGGCAAUCGCCGAAGCUGCUUCCAGCUUGCAGUGCUGUACGUCCGGUGCGAGAGGCUUCUUCCCCCCAGCGAGAUGGACCUCGCCAAACUGCAGGAAGCAUUCAAGCCAAUCAGAGAAACCUGCGUGCUCCAGGUCGCACCCUGACCGAUCGCCCUUGCGGAGCUUUGCUGAGGCGCCCUUCACAGCAAACUGAAAAGUCUUCUCGUCCAGCUCUGGCCGCACAGCGCCUCUUAUCUCCAAGUCCAAAAGUCGCCGUGUCAAAACCGAAGGCAAGGCCUGAAAGGAUGGAUGCCAGGAUGCAGGCACCAUCAAUGGAAAGAGUGCGACCACCGUCUUCAAAGAAGGAGCAAUGUGCUGUCAGAAUUUUGCCAAGAAGAUUUGUCAUGAACUCCAAACGGCCUGUACUGGCGCAAACAUUACAAACUCGAGCAAGAGAGCCGACUGUGAUAGCCAGAGCUUUGAUGGGCGCUCGGCAAUGUGCCUCACAUGGAGGACACCGAAGCAACCUUCCCGGUGCACAGUGCAAGCUUGUGAAGGACAAGUGCCAUGCAUUGCCCAGAUCAUUUGAAGGGCAAUUAAGAGAGGUAGUUGCUGGUGGUUCGCGAGACACCAGUCUCUCAAGCAGCUCCAGCAGCAUAUGCCAGAAUUGGAACCAUGCCACCAGGCAAAACCGCAUGGACUUGCCACUGCUUGACCUGACACACCUUUCUCAAAAUCUAUGUUUACGUGAAGGGGUAACCACUCCUCAUACGCCCAGAGGAAGGCCACCGGUUGCUUGGUGGAAUUCGGCAGAGGUGACUGCUCCGGCUUCCGCCCGUGGACGAGCCCCUUCCGGUUUUGAGGACCGACGAGCACGAAGCUUGUACAUCGUUGAAGUGGCCACCCCGCGAACUGCUCUGUCCUACGCACACACGGAUGAGGAAGGCGAUGCCCCAAGUCCAAUGACAAUCCUACGUCCAGUGUGCCCGAUCCCUUGUCCUCGCCCCGAAGAAGGCACUGGCCGACACAGUCUGAGCACGAUUUCAGUAUCCAGUGAUGAAGAGGAAAUCAGGGGUCGGCUCAGUCAGGCGAAAGACUUCUACUCAAGUGGUACAAAGAAGCAGACAGCAUCAACAAAAUCAGUUUCAGGAGACGAUCCCAUUCAGUGAAGGCCAGGACCAUCCAUCGCACUGUGACCCUGAGCUUCAGGUUUUUCAAGAUUUGAGUGGCUAGCGGCUAGUUACUAGUUCCUUACUUGUUUGCAAGUCUCCGAGCUCUUUUGCGCAUGGUAUCUCCUCACAUUCCGACUCCCUGGUGAGAGUGGAGCCGAAAAUUAGAUGCUGCACAUCACUGCAUAUUGUUUUUUUUAAAUAUCGACUGGAGCACUAGAAUCUUCA